AUGACCAGUCUAGGUUUCGAAGAAGGUCUCAAUGAAACGAACCAAUGGCUAGAUGGCGUUGAGUCUCAGCUCAAAGAUUUUGACCUAUUAGAUUUGAGCGAGGAAAAUAUUCAAGAUGUGAUUUGCAGAUUAAGAGAAAUCAUCAACCAAUUAGACAACAGAGUUGGCGUUUUAAAGGAUCUACAAGCUGAUGGCGUAGAAUUGAAAGAGAAACAGGUUUGCACACUUGCGAGAUUAUCAGAUCUCCAUGCCAACUUCUCAGAACGUUUCAGUGAAACCAAAGAUAUUGAAUCUAAAGUCAUCGAAUUCAACACAACUCUGAAGAAGCUUAAUGAUUGGCUGGUGCAUGGACUGGUGACCUUAAACUCUGUUGACCCUGUGGCCUUGGAUGCUGACGUCAUCAAGGAACAAAUGAAAGAACUGGAGCCUCUGUUGGAGAUGCUGGACAGACAGAGAGCCAUGAUGGUUGAUUUGAAAGGUCGUGGAAGGCAACUUUUGAGAGAUGGUCACACAUCAACUGAUGUCAUCAACCAAUCGACCAAUGAGCUUGAAGCUAAGUGGAACAAAUUGUUGAGAAAAUUAACUGAACAGCAAAAGAUUAAUGAUGAUUGGUUGUUGAAACAAGGUCAAACGAGUGAAGCUGCCCAUUCCAUGUUAGCCUGGCUUCAAAAGGUCAAGUUGAUGAAUGAAAAUCAGAUGCCCUAUCAGGUUGAUAAUGCAGGGGUCAGCAAACAGAUGGAAGCUCAAAAGGUAUUACGUAAAGAAUUGGAGUCCUGUCAGCAACUGACCAGCCAGCUGACGAACGAAGGUCAUUCAUUGGCUGACCUCAUUAACGGGAAAGUUGCCCUGGAAAUAAGAGAAGCUGUCAAUAGAAAUUCUUGCACUUUUGAUUCUCUGAGUCGAAAGAUCCAAUCGGAAAUGGAUAAGAGUAAAAUGGCGCAAGAAAAAUCGAACGAACUCGUCAACGAGUUGAAAGAAUUGGAAGCUGAACUGGUGAAUCUUCAGGAGAGAUCUGGCAAGUUUGGUGAGGGGGCAUCCAUUGAGGAACAGCAGAAAAGCUUGGAUGAGAAGAAGAGAACAGCUGAGGAGAUGGAAAAUGUCAGAAGGAGGGUAAAGGAUUUGAACUCGAGGAUCAGGUCAAUGUCAAGGUCGUCUUCUAUCAGUGAAGAUCUCUCAAGCAAGAAGACGCAACAAACAUUGAAUGAUUUGGCCAGCAAGUGGAAUGCGUUGAAAAAUAAAAGUGAAGAGAGGAAGAACAAAUUGCUGGAGGCUUCUCAACAAGUCACUGAAUACCAUGACUUGCUGAACUCCACGAUGGAUCUGCUGACGAACUUUGAGCAUCAGGUGAGCACGCUGAAGCCGGUCAGUCGACAUUUGGAUACGGUUCUGCAACAAAUCGAGCAACACAAACACUUGCAGCAGGAGUUGAACAAACAUCGCAACGUCAUUCACGACCUCGAAACUAUCCAAUCACAACUGAAGAACAGCGGAAGUAGGCAGGAUCAAACUCUUCUCAAAAAUCUCACGGCUAAUCAGAACAGAAGAUGGGAAAAGCUAAGAACAAAAUGUUCUGAUAGAACGAGGCAAUUGGAGAAUGGAUUGAAGGAAGCGAGAAUAUUUUAUGACGCUUGGAAGAGCUUACAUGAUUGGCUGGUUGAGAUGGAGACGAACUUAUCAAACGAGCCAAUCACAUCGUCCGACCUGGACACCAUCAGACAGGAAGUGAACAAGCACAAAGACUUCCAACGCAUCCUGGCAUCCAAGCAACACACGCUGGACUCUCUUCUUCGUAUGGGCAGGUCAAUCAGAGAUAAGUCCAUCCAUCACUCUGAGGUCACUGGGGGAGAGAAAUUGAACGAAAUGAUUGCGAAAUUAAAAGGGGCGUGGCUUAACGUCUGCGGGAAAAGCGUUGAUAGGCAGAAACAGCUUGAAGAUGCUCUCCUAUUGGCUGGAAAGUUCAAAGAAGCCAUGGAUGUCUUACUUGACUGGUUGUACAAAGUUGAACCGAGGUUAGGCGAAAUGGAGCCCGUUCAUGGCGAUGUUGAUACUGUUAACAGUCUCACUGAACAACAUAAGAUCUUCCAGAAAGAGUUAAUGAAGAAGACGUCAACAGUAGCAGCAGUGAGGGAGGCAGCUAAACAGCUGUUGAUGACGUCACCGACGGCUGAUGAUGUUUUCGUCCAAUCGAAACUCAUUGACAUGACAGCUAAGUGGAACGAAGUCUGCAGGCUCAGCGUCUGCAGGCAAGAAAAAUUGAAAGGGGCUUUGAAGAUGGCAAGCAGAAUUAUAAUAUUAUUAAUGAUGAUAAUUAAAGACUUCCACAACAAAUCUCGUCAGCUGUUGAGUUGGCUGCUGGAAGCGGAGAAAUCAUUGCGGCUGCAGUCGCCAACGCCUGCAGCUACGAACGUCGACAUGGAAGACCAUUUCAACAAACUCCUCCAACAACACCAAGUAUUGUUGUUUUUAUUUUCUAAACUGGCCGAACAGAUCCUGCAACAAGCUCAUCCCGAAGCCAUUCCCACCAUCAGAAACUGGAACAACACCGUCAAAUCCAGACUCAAUGACGUCACUUCCGCUUCGAACGUCAAGGGGAAAAGGUUAAGAGAGGCCGUGCAGAGGUCAAGGUCGAAUGCCGUUGCUAUGGAUUCGUUGAUGAUGUGGCUGGAGGGUGUUGAGGCGGAGCUAUCCGAGAAGAUGGGGAUCUAUCUGCCAAGGAAUAUUCCCAUUUUGGAGCAGUUGAAACAGGAUCACACUAUUUUCGAGUCAGACUUGAUGUCUAGACAGCAGGAAGUAGAAAAGUUUUCAACAGCUGAAUAUAUUCGUUUUUUUUUAUUUCAAUUAAACACCAGGAAGAAAACACCUACGAGUCAAAUCCAGACGGCACCACCUCUUCUACCCCCUGCCACAAUGGCCAAGGACCACAGGGCAGUUGCCCUCUUCAACAAGUGGAGGCGCGUGUGGUUGCAGUGCAUGGAGAGGCACAAGAACAUUCAAGAUCUCAUUGAUACCCUUGAAGAAGUUUACCGCCUAGACAACUUCGACUUUGACGUCUGGCGGAUGCAGUACACGAACUGGAUGCGACUGAACAAGAGCCGGACUAUGGACUUCUUCUACAGGCAAGAUAAGGAUAGAGACGGCAGGGUCACUAGGAAGGAAUUCAUCGAAGGGGUGCUCAAAUCGGGCUUUCGAACAACUCCUCUUGAGAUGGAAAAAGUUGCGGACAAAUUCGACUUCAACCAGGACGGUUAUAUCGAUUACAGGGAGUUUGUGGCGGCCCUCAGAUGGCCUGACAAGAGGUCAGGAAUGAACGGGAGGUACGGGGGUAAUUUGAGGGAGAAGAUUAAAGAUGAAGUGGACAAACAGGCCAAGAAGUGUCAUUGCCCUAAGCAGUUCAAUGUUGAUAAGAUUGGAAAUGACCGAUACAGGUUCGGGGAAUCCCAGAAGUUACGUCUGGUCAGGAUUCUGAGAAGCACCGUGAUGGUCAGAGUAGGUGGGGGGUGGGUAGCCCUCGAUGAGUUCUUGGUCAAAAAUGACCCUUGUAGAGCUAAAGGAAGGACCAACUCAGAACUUAGAGACCCAUUCUUUGUUCCGAUAGGUGCUAGCAGUGCAUACGCCAACUUCAAAUCCAAAACUCCGAGCAAAAGUCUCGGCGACGUGUCUCAGCAGCAACAUCAACAGCAACAAAUGUUAUUUCAGCAGCAGCAACAACAGCAACAAAUGUUGCAGCAGCAACAACAUCAGCAUCACGGAUCUCCAUGCUCUCAUGUUAAAGUUAGUCUCAUUUUUGCCAUUAUUACUUUAUCACCCUCGUCACCAUCAUCAUCAUUAUCAUCGCCAUUACAACAACAUCAUCAUUGUCAUCAUCACCAUGACAUCAUCGUCAUCACCAGCCUACGAAAGUUCCACACCGCCUGA